GGAAAACCUGUGGCCGCGAGCGCAAGAGCACAAGAGUGCACGAAGACGAGACGAGAGCGAGCUGUUCAUCCUCCCACUCCACCUCGGAGCUGAGCUCUGCUUCUCUCCCGAUCUCUCCACCCACCGCAGCAGCAUCCUUUCGACCUCUCUAGGGUUCCAGCCUCGAGUUGGCCUCGUCCCCCCCCCCCCCCCCCCACAUUCGCUGCGAGGUUUGGGAUUCUCUUCCGGAUUGGAUUGGUGGAGUGGCAGGGAAUUGUUAGUUCUGGUGUGGUUUGUGGUUAAGAGAAGGGGGAAAUAGCUAUGGAGUGUCUGACCACAAGUUUUACUAGGAAUCCGGGAAGGGAGUAUAAUCUCAUAUGUCCGAGCGAAGCUCUGUCUGAAAAACAAAGGAUUCAAAGAAGGGUUCUAUGCUAUUUUCCAGCUUCCACAAACUCAAGACGAUGUCGCAAGUUCACAACUAUGGCAUAUCCUGUUAGCCCAAUAGCUGGCAGACGUUCAAAUUGGAGAUCUUUUGCUGCAAGUCUGAAUUUGGAAGAUGGUCCUGCAUCCUCUGACUCAACAUCAUCCCCUUCAGAGCAAACUAGUGAUGGUGGUGAAGUUUAUGGUGACCCUUCUGAAAAUCUGAAUUCUCGGAAACUUAAAUCUGACGAGUUGAAAUCUCUUUUGGCUGAUUCAGAACGAUCUAAGCUUUUGAAAAAGCUUAGUGAAGCAAACCAAUACAACCGGUUCCUCAAGAGACAGUUGCAAAUGAAGGAUAAUGACGUUGUGAAGUUCAAGAGUGAACUUGCCGUUAUGGAACUUGAACUGCAGGCUCUGGUUGCCCUAGCUGAAGAGAUUGCUAAUUUUGAUGUUCCAUCUGGGUCUAGGAAGAUAAAUGGAAAAUAUAUCCAGUCACAUCUUCUCACCAGAUUAGAAGCUGUUCAUGAUAAGGUUAUGGAACAAAUUAAGGAUGUAGACUCUUUAAAGCACCAAGAAAUUUCUGUCUUCUGGGUUGGCAUUGCUGAGAAUGUACAAAUUAUGGGCUCCUUCGAUGGCUGGUCCCAGGGAGAGGCAAUGUCCAUGGAGUAUUCAGGUUACCAAGCAAGAUUCUCUGCAACUCUGAAUCUUAGACCUGGGAGGUAUGAGAUCAAAUUCUUGGUUGAUGGAGAGUGGAGGCUGUCACUGGAGUACCCAAUUGAUGGCGAAGGUUCAAUGCAGAACAAUAUACUUGUUGUAAAUUAAUGUAGAUAUCUGUUGGCUCCUAGUUUGCCAUAGUUGUAACUUGCAGCUAUAAAACCUAGCGCAAGAUUGAACUGUACUCGAUUGCUAUCAUGCAUCCGAUUUGCAAAAUUUCACUUUACCAUGAAAUGCAAGGCCUUUUUUUCCUGGUUGGAUGUA